AUUUAUUAAUCGCUACACACACAACUCAGGAACAACAACGCCAUAAACAGUCAUUUUUUUUUUCCUCCCUGUCUCUUUCCAUUCAUUUCUUCUCCCUCCACUAUUUAUUAUUUCUUUCUUAUGGCUAACCUGCGUGCUAAAGUCGUCGACUCUAACGUCAUUACUAAUGACAAGGGCAAGAAAAUCGUCACAUUCACCAUUUCUGUGCGCAAUGUUCAGGAUCCUUCUGACUCUGACUCAAAUUCAAAAGAGCUAUGGCAAAUUAAGAAACUAUACCCAGAUUUCCUAGCGCUCGAUGCACAGCUCAAGGCAGAGGCAAAAUACUUGAAGGAAUACGAAUUUCCGAAGCUCCCUGAUAAAGGACUUUUCGUGACCCAUGGCCCGAGAAGGGUGGAUCAACGCAAGUUGGGCAUCGAGAAUUACCUGAAACGUGUGAUUGAACUGCCCCUACCGGAUUCAACAGACAUUUGUGAGUUCUUGAGCUCCAAUAUAACUAAAGAAGAGGAUGAAUCUCAAACAAGGGUGUCCAGAUACCGGCAAGGAUAUCUACGAAAGCGUGGCAAGAAUUUUGGAUGCUGGAAGAAGCGAUUCUAUGUACUAGACGGACCUGAUUUAAAAUACUAUGAAGAUGAGCUAGGCGAAUACCUUGGCAAGAUCCAUCUAACUGAGGCACGAAUCGCAAGACAAAUAUCGCCGCCGCCCUCUUCUUCAGAAGUAGCCAGCAAAGACGCGCCAGUUUUCCAACAUGCCCUGUUGAUCCUUGAGCCCAAGAGAUCGGCUCCAGGGGGCAUUGCCCGACAUGUACUUUGUGCAGACACGGAUGAGAAUCGCGAUGCAUGGAUUGAAGCUUUGAUGCAGCAUAUUGACCACAGCGCAGCAUCCAAGUACAUUACAAACGGUAUAAUCAGUCGGAAAAAGAGUAACCGAAAAGUUUCACCAACAAAGGCAGAUAUCGGCAACAUCAUUAUCAACAAUAACAACAACAACAAUGAUAACAUACGAGCAAACCGUCGACGGUCGAGUCUUCCAACGUUCAUUUCGGGGCCAAAUAAUCAUGCAGCAACGCUGAAACGCCAUUCCGUGAGCUACAUUGAAAAAUUACAAAAGACCAAUAGCAGUACUGCCAGCCCUUCAUCUCCUUUCACUACUAGUAACAGUAAGGAAGACGACACCUCCAGCAAGACACCAAGUAGUAAACGCGUACCAUGGUUUAAAAAGGUGUUUUCAAGUUCCAGCAGCAAUGUUACAAAAGAAAUCAGUCUUAAACCAUCGAGCAGCCUUAGAAGUCAACAAGAUAAAAACAAAAACAAUGAUGUCUCUUAUACAGCGCCACCGACCGAGGAUCAUACACGAGAGCCCAAUCAAGUGUUUGGCGCUCCACUCGAAGAGGCGAUCAAGGUGGCCAAAAUUUCAGAGAGAUAUGAGCUGCCCGCUAUUGUUUAUCGUUGCAUCGACUAUUUAGAGGCCAAAAAUUCGAUCAAAGAAGAAGGUAUUUACCGUCGCAGUGGAAGUGCCGCCAAGAUCCGAGCGCUCAAGGCCAAAUUUAACAAAGAGGGGGAUGUCGAUCUGCUAGCCGGCGAAGAAACCUACGAUGCUCAUGUUGUAUCCAGCUUGCUUAAAAUGUGGUUUCGAGAACUACCUGAUAACAUUUUAACGACGGAUUUGCUUAAAAAGAUUAUGGAAAACGUUGACAAUCUUCCUGAUCGCCGUGAACGCGUCACCGAAUUGGGAAGGAUUAUAUCCUUGCUUCCUUUGGCAAACUACACACUCCUUCGGUUACUAUGCGCUCAUCUUAUCCGAGUCGUACAAAACGCCGGCGCAAAUAAAAUGACCGUACGAAAUGUCGGUAUCGUUUUCUCAGCAACACUCAGCAUCCCGACCAGCGUUUUCAGCUUACUGUUGACAGAGUUUGACGAUAUUUUUUGGACAGACGACAGUAAUUUCGAGUGAAGCUGCUUCUGAAUCUGCUCCACGAUCUUGAAAUUCUUGACGACAAUAUAACACAACGAAUGUUCUCUUCCACCAUCAACAAGCUCUCUUUCCGGCCUCUACCCACCAAAUACCGAAAACUAACAACUGACGAACGGACGGACUCUGAUAUGACAUACGCACACACACGGAAUCCAUCACGCAUCGACCAAGAUCACU